GGAGAGAGAGCGAGACAGAAGGAACAGAACAGAGGGAGACAGAGAGAGAGGAAACAUAUUGAGGGAAAGAGCCAGAUAGUGUACGAGAGACCAAGAGAAAGGAGGCGCAUCCUUUCAUCUUCUCGUGGGGGGACUGAACUUGCGCUGAUGGAGGAUUCCCCUGCAUGUGGAGAGCAUCACUCUGAGGAAAGAGGGAGGUUUGUUGGACAGAUAGCGCCGUAGCGGGAUGAUCUUUGACUCUCAUCCUUAUGAUCAGUCCUUUCUGCUCUCACUGAGGCAGUAACUGCGUGGAGGCAGUUAUACACUUCACACGUCACCCUCCAGCAUGGGAACAAACCCAGCCAAGAUGUUCUCCCUCGGCAACAGUGACCUAAAAAUGAGAAUGAAGUAACAACACCACACCAUUCCAGCUUUUAUCCAACAUCAAUAUUCAAGGGCUGACAGUUGGUGCCUUCCUCUUUAGCAUAAGCGGUAGCAUCUAAGGUAACGGCUUUGGUGGCUUGGACAACAAGGUGGCCACUGUGUGAAUGACUUUGUGUAAUUUGGCCUUCCUGUCCCUGGAGAGGACCUGCAAAGGAGUUGUGUUACACUCCCUGACAGGCCUUAUACAUGUUUUAUCGGCCGCUAACAGAACAGAACCCCAUUUGUUAUCUAAUCCAGCCCUCUCCUCUGCAGCCUGAGAGUUUACUGCCACAAGACUGUUCUUCACUUUGUCAGCCAGCAACUGAACUGAUACCCAGCAGACAAGUUGUAGGACUUGUCAACUAAUCUUUUUAUUUUAUUUUAUUUUUUUCUGGACUGGCACGUGAUCAAGCUUUUGGACACAUCAAAUGAAUUGAGGAGACCGUCAAGGCUGCAGCCAGUACGUUUCUUCUCUUCAAAGGAUCUCGGUAAAGAAGUCCUGUAGCGGUUGUAUUUGCAUGUUAGAGAACUAGUCUGGACAAUGUGUGACACGCUAAGGCCCCCUGCACUCCAGGUGAGCGUCCCGAGUGAUGCUCCUUUAUACUCAGAUGGUGGAAGCAACCCUGUGUCUGAUGGCUCAGUACGAUCCAGCUCCUCAACUCCGACACUCCGUCGCAAGCGUUUCAAGAUGCGCCGCAUGAGGAAUGUACCAAGUGAGAGGGAGUUGCUAACCAACAGUCACCUUCCACCUCUGUCACGUUCCGGCUCCAAGGAGUACUUACAGCUGCCUUCCAUUGAGAUCACACCCUCCAGUGAUGAAGAUGCACCUUCUUCCUGGUCUCGCUGUUCCACACCCAGUGCAUCCCCUCGGCGCAAACGUUUUCUGUUGAGGAAGUGGCUGAAGGUCCGAGAGAAGAAGGAGCAAUGCAGUGAGAGCAGCAGCCAGCAAAGCAGCCAGCAAAGCAGCCAACAGAGUAGCCACGAGGAUGACAGCACUCGCUUCUUGACUCCUUUCAUCCGAGAGGAAAGCACUGCCAGUAACUCCAACAAGAGCACCCCCGCUUGCUCACCAGUCCUGCGUAAACGAUCACGCUCUCCCACUCCACAGAGCCAGGAGGGUGAGAAUAUGGUGGAGAAGGGUUCGGACCACUCCUCUGACAAGUCCCCCUCCACUCCUGAACAGGUUGUCCAGAGAACGUACUCUGUACAGUCAGCACGGAGCGGGGGGAAGAACUCAAAGUCUCACAAGCGGCUUUCCAAAUAUGACAGACUAAACCUGAUUAAAAAGAGCCAAAGCUGGUACAAUCAUGAAAGACAACACAUCCUGAGAGUGCUGAGCCCCACAUACAAACAGCGCAAUGAGGACUUCAGGAAACUCUUCAAGCAGCUCCCUGACACAGAGCGACUCAUUGUGGAUUAUUCCUGCGCUCUACAACGGGACAUCCUACUGCAGGGACGACUCUACCUCUCUGAGAACUGGAUCUGUUUCUAUAGCAACAUCUUCCGCUGGGAAACACUGCUGACAGUGCGACUAAAAGACAUCUGCUCAAUGACUAAAGAGAAGACGGCACGCCUCAUUCCCAAUGCCAUCCAGGUCUGCACAGACGCUGAGAAGCACUUUUUCACCUCCUUUGGAGCCAGGGACAGAACGUACAUGAUGAUGUUCCGACUGUGGCAGAAUGCCUUGCUGGAUAAGCCCCUGUGUCCCAAAGAGCUGUGGCACUUUGUUCAUCAGUGCUAUGGCAACGAACUCGGACUCACCAGUGAUGAUGAGGAUUACGUGCCUCCUGAUGAUGAUUUCAACACAAUGGGAUUUAGUGAGGAGAUUCCUAAUGAAGAGAAUGAGAUCAACAAUGACAACUUGUCAAAGAGCACCACAGAGGCCAAACCUGAAGGGAGCCCUCCUCUUCUUAAGAAGAUAAUCCCUAACCCAGGAACCCUUGACCCAACCCUCACAUUUGACCUUCCAGCAGAGGAGUAUGCUGACUGUCUGCCAGAUGGUGAGAUACUGGCUGUACCGCUGGUGGUGGAAGAGAAAAACGAGAUCAGUGGGCCUGGUGGUCCUGUGCCAUCACCAUCUCUUGACUUUAGUGACAAUGAAGACAUCCCCACUGAACUGAGUGACUCCUCCGAAACCCAUGAUGAGGGUGAGGUGCAGGCCUUUCAUGAGGAUCUGAAUGGCAGGCAGCACAUUAAUGAGGUCUAUAAGUUUAGUGUGGACAAACUGUAUGACAUCCUAUUCACUGAAUCACAGUUCAUGAGUGAUUUCAUGGAGCAGCGUAGGUUCUCAGAUGUGGUGUCUCACCCAUGGAAGAAGGAGGACACGGGGAACCAGACUAGAGAGAUCAUGUACACCAUCUCUCUGUCUAACCCCCUCGCCCCCAAAACAGCCACAGUCACGGAGACACAGACUCUGUACAAGGCCAGUCAGGAGAGUGAGUGCUACAUCAUUGAUGCUGAGGUUAUCACACAUGACGUGCCCUACCACGAUUACUUCUACACCCUAAACCGCUACAUGCUCACCAGGGUGGCCAAGAACAAGUGUCGGUUAAGGGUAUCGACGGAGCUGCGCUAUCGGAAACAACCGUGGGGUUUGGUGAAAGGCUUCAUUGAGAAAAAUUUCUGGAGUGGGUUAGAAGAGAACUUCCGCCAUCUUGAGGUGGAAUUGUCCAAGGUGGAGGACAUACUGACUGAGUCCCACCAACUGUCUCCGAAGGCCAAGGUGGUGAAGAAUGCCUCUGUGAGGCGGAAAAAGAGACCACUCCCACACAUGCGCAGUCAGCAUCUGGACGAGGCACUCAGCCCUGUUACUACGCCAACGGAUGAGGAAGUGAUUCAGAGGAUCAAACAGGUGGCAGGAUCCACACAGACCAGACACCAGAGUCCAGUGCACCACCACGUGCCAGGAGGCCUCGCUCUGUACAGCGUCUCCAAGCUGCUGCUCAUCAUCAGUUUUGUGAUCUGUCUGAGCCUCGUCUUGCUGGUGUUCCUCAACAUGAUGCUCUUCUACAAGCUGUGGAUGCUCGAGUACUCUGCACAGUCCCUGACAACAUGGCAAGGUCUGCGGCUUCACGAGAGUAAACUGCCUCAGACUCAGAUGGAGUGGGCCCAGCUGCUGGAGGCACAGCAGCGCUACCAUGACGCCGAGCUGCAGAAAUGGAAGGAGAUCAUCAAGUCAUCAGUCCUGCUGCUAGACCAGAUGAAAGACUCUUUGCUGAACCUCCAGAGAGGCCUUGGUUUACGGGACUACAGGUCUGAGCCUGAGGAGAAGAGAAGUCGCUAUCACUGACACCUCACCACAAGGCCACCAGGGCGUGCUGUGCAAUACGGGACCUGUUUUGUUUGUGAGCCAGUAUGCAAAUCCAGGAGCAGCAAGACAGAGUCCACACGGGGACCAACAGGGAGCUGGUCCGAGACGACCGUCAUCUCCAGCACACAGCAGGAUAAAGGAAACUGUGCCCCAAGCACAGACAUCACUGAGGCAUUGUGGGAAGGUGCAACAUCUCUGGAUGAGUGUUUCCAUGUGUCCUGUUUCAUUUGCAUCCUACUGUAAGCCAUGUGGACCAGGGGAGCAGCAGAGAGGGAAGCAAGAAACUACUGCAUGCAUUUAGAUAACGUAGCUCUCCUCAGUCUGUGUUAAUGUGGUCCAGUUCUAUGUUUGUCAAAAAAAAAGAACAAAAGAAGAGGAGAAUUCAAGUUAAUGAAAGGAAGCUCCUUUCUAUGCUCUCUCGACUGUUCCAAAAUAAUCGUCCCCUUGAGGUCCUCGCUGCAGCGUCCCUUUAAUUUACCUCCGUAAUUCGACUGCAGCAUUCGGUCGGAGCUCAGUCCCUGCUGCUUUGUUUGAAGCCUGUAUGUAUAUAUCUAUAUGUUCUGUCAGAGCUGGUUCUCUGUCAGACAGCUGUAUUGAAGUAUUUAUUUUGAUUUAUCUAUUUGAUUAGAUUGAUCAGACCUAUGUCAGUGUUUUUAACACUUUCAAACUGCACACGGAAACCUGAGUUCAACCGUUUCCGUGUGCAUCGCUGCUGCAGUUUUACAUUCUGUUUGACAUGGUGUUACGUUACGUUAUUCCCAGCCUGAGUGAAAAAGCAGAAUGUAAGAGCCUGGAAAAAAUAAAGAAUAAAAAAGGGCUGAACUUCACACAAAGUUUGAAAAAGGGACGCUGGAGCUGGACGAGCAGGGAUAGUGGCGUUCUUACAUGUUUUGUUUUCGAAACUGACUAUCUCUUUAAACAAAGUGUUUCAACUUAGAAAGAAUUGUAUGAAUAUAUUUGAAAUAUAUAAGAAUAUUUCACUAUUUAAGAAAUAUUUCAAAAUCUAUAAACGUCACCUAUAUUUAUUGUUAUUGUAUGUACAUAGGGAAAUUAUCAGAGCUCAAGAGCACUUGAAGAAUUUCUAACAAAAGAGGUUUUCUUG